CCCACCCCCGACGCGCUCGCCAUUGACGACGCGUCAAGGCGCCAAGACGCCAUUGCCCAGCAACGUCUUCCCAUCACCCGCGAGGAAAGGAAUCGUUGAGUUGAACUCAGGAUUCGAGAUGUCUAAAAACGGUGACAUCACCAGAUUCUUCAAGCCGGUCCCUGUAGCAAAAUCGUCGUCGAGCCCGCAGCAGCUACAAGCUUCAAGACGGCCAGCUUCGCCAGCCAAGAAUGUGAACUCGACCCCAACCCCGCCCCCGCGACCGCCUUCACCACUGCCUGCCCUCCUGUUUUCGUCAUCCCCACCCGCUCCCGCCUCAACCGCCAGGGACCGCAACACGGAGAUCCCGGGUUCGGACGACGAGGAUGACGACAACCUCAGCUCGGACGAUGACUUCCCCUCGCUCUUUCCGGCCCAGCCCGCAAGAAAAGAGGCGAGUCUCUACGCCACACCCCAGGCAAAGCGCAGGGCGCUCGAGUUCCACGCCUCGCCCUUGACCAUCAACACCCGGCACAAAUUCGACCUCCAGGCGCUCCUCAAGCAUGCCGAGGCCGACAACGCCAUUGCGGAGCGCGAGCAGCGCACAGCUGCCCUUCUGGCCCAGGGCUCCCCGACAGCGCUCGGCGCUCGAAUCGCAGACGGUGCGCCUGCCAGCCUGCACGACACCAUGCUGGACGUGCUCUCUGAUCCCGAGGACAGCCAGGACGAGGGACACCGCAGGAGGUUGUUGCGCGCUGUGAAACGAACAGAGGCAGCUGUCCACCGGAAGGAAUGGUACUUCUUUGACCGCCAGGGUCAGACCAACAGCACCGCGAUCGAAGUACGGCCAGCCUUUCCCAGGGCCAAGGCCACGGGGGUUUGGGCCCUUCUUGCGUCCGAGAGGCACAGAUCCGAGGUCUUCGAAGACGGGCUCCCCUUCCAUGUCCAAACCAAAAUGCAAAGCUUGCCGGACGCGAUCUUCCAGUGGGUGUUGAGCGAGGCAACCCGGGAGCGGUCCACAAAACUUCGAGAUGAAUAUGUGCGCCUCCUCGGCGUCUGCCCAGACCAAAUUGGGCGCCUUAUAGACGAGAACCGCAUCGUGGAGCUUUUCCAAGACCUCGGUGCGUCCGCACGCGCCCUUGCCCCGGCGUCCCAGCCGAGCGGCGCCUCAGAGGAAGGUGCCCCAUACCCAGAGCUUGACCGGAUCCGGCUCCAAGCCGUUCUUCGCGUCCUGGCUGAGACAGCGCACGCUUUGAGGUUCCAGGCACUUACACGAACCAUGGCGAUCCUUCUCCGGCUCGGCAUCGACAACAUCGUACGUGAGGACUACGCGGUCAUGACUGACUAUCAAGACGCACUACUUCAAACUGCACUAGCCGUGCCCCCGAGAUCGUGGAACAACUUUUGCGAGAUCGUGAGCGACUCCCUCUAUCACCACACUCGAGAAGCCGUUCUGCGCUGGAAUGCAGUCUCGGCCAUUCCGUUGCUCCAUCCGAGGUUGAUUGAGCUGCGGCGGAGACUAGCACUGGUCUUCGUCUUUGACGACCCCCGCCGCGCCUCCUCGCCACCCGAAGACACGUUCAGCUUGCGGUCUGUUAUCGACCGGCUGGACCAGGCCGACGAGUUCGUCGUCGACCGUAAAAACACGGAUUACUUUGAACUGCUGGCGCUCUCUGAGAUGCUGAGCGUGGCCGUAGGCGACGGAGCACCUCCCGCCGGCAAUGCCAGCCCAGAGGUGAUUAAACAGUACAAUGCUGAAGUCGAUGAGUUGGCGCACAGGAUCAAGUUCAUGUGGUCCAACAUCCACGAGCAGGGCGCUGCCUACAUGUCCAGGCUGGAAGCGCGCGUCCAAUUGCGGGACUUCGAGCGCAAGCUGCUGCACGUUGUGCGAACUCGGCCGCCGCCCAAGGAGGACAUAUUUGGACUCAAUGCCAGAGAAGACGAGGCUGAGCGGCCCAAGCAGCAGCAGUUUAUGAAGCGUUUCCUUUCCAAGAAUCAGCCGCCUCCGGUGACACCUUCGAGAGGUGGCUGACGGCACUCGAAGCAUGAGCAUUCUGUAUGACUUGCUCUGAAUGCAUCUUGUGCUGGAAUCAUAUCACCCAUGCUGGUAUAAUACAAACCCUAAAGCUGACACCGUGUCUGCGCUUAGCUCGGCUCGUCUUCGCACUGAUGGUUCAUUCCCAAGCAUGUUCUCUGUCAUGCAAGGUUCCCUACCUAUUCUAUCCAUGAUGACCCGUGGCGUCCAAUACAAAGUAAAUAAGAAGAAAAAAAAUUGUAAUCAGGUCACAGGUCUUAGUCGUAGAACUUGCGGUUAGGGUUCUUGCCGAACAAGGCCUCGCGCACGGCCGGCAGGGCGCUCUCCUUGAGCAAACCCAACCUAGCCUCAAAGGUGUUGUCGAUAUCAAUCUUGCCGUUGCCGCCCACAAUCACCACGCCGCCGGCGCUGUUU